AAAAAUGAACGCCGCUAUAGCUGUAGACGAUGGUAAAGCAGAGGCUGAUUGUGACGUCACAACAAAACUAAACAUUGACUGUUGGGAGAUGGUUUUUACUUAUCUCGAACCAAUGGAACAAGUUCAAUUGUCGAAGGCCAAUGAUUACAUUCAUCAGAUUUUUCAGAACUACGCCAGCCGACGCUUUAAGAAUAUUAGCCCAUCUUUGAAAAAAAGAUUUACCCCUGAAAUAUUCGAUGAUUUUUUACAAAAUAUUGGCGUGCAUGUCAGAAGCUAUGCGAUUCCCAGAGACAUUACGGAUAUAUACGCCAGAAGCGAGUAUUUCGAAGAUAAGGACUAUGAAAAGCAGAUAAUCGAUUUGAUAAGAUUCAAGAUGUACAGAUGCCAAUACGGUAGAAUUAAUUUAGAAAUGCGUCAUAACUAUUCAAUUAGACGCGAUUUUGAAGUUGUUGUAAAACAUUGCAAAUAUUUGGAAAGCUUUGAGUUCGGCGAGAGAUGUCUUACCCCGAGCGUACCGUACGAGGUAAUCUGUCAAUUGCCCAAACUGCAACAUCUGUUCAUUUGGACUGCGGGCCCAUUGCGUAACGAGUUUUUGGAUGCUCUUCAAUCAAAGCCAGGCGCACCAAUGCUCAGUCUUUCCAUUAAGGGCUUACCUUUGCCUAAGCAACAAAUCGAGCGAAUCUGUGAUGUUGCCAGUCUUAAACAGCUUUGUGUAUGCUGUGAUACAGUGCCUAAAAAAGCCUUAUUAAAGCUUAAUCAGUUGGAAUCUUUGCAUCUGACUAUGCCUUCCAUCAACAAUGAUCAGCUUUUUAAACUUGUAAAAGGCUUACCUCAUUUGCAUACCCUGAAUUUGCGAAAUUGUUCAUUAAUUACAGAGCAGUUUGUGCUUGAUACAAGAGACUGGAUGACCACAAAUUUGGAACUACGGCAAAAACUAAAGAUCUAUAUGCAAGGAUCUGCCAUUAAUUGGGAAAGUCUCGAUACGAGCAACAAAAACGUUGUAGAAGUCAUUAACAAGGAAGAGACUGAAAUUGUGCCUUUGCAGGGUGAACUGAAUCAGGCAUAUCUAUAAGCACAUUAGUCAGCCGACGAGUUAGUCAUUAAUAUAUA